UAAUUAUUGAACCAACCAUAUUAUUGAACUAGACAUUAUAAUGAUGAGCUUUAUUCUUUAAGUUUAUUUGUUAUUUUUACAGUCAGCAGUAGAUAUGUCGGAUUCAGAUGCUUCAUGUACAAGACGACUAAGUAAUAUACCAGAAGAAAUUCUACCACCAGUCAUUGCAUCCCUAUUUCCUAAUACACCAUCAGUUUUGCGUUUUGUUGAUGGUAAACAGAUUGUACCGAAAUUUCCGAAACCUUACAGAUAUCAACUUCUUUGGCGUCCUAGUGCUAUUACACCGAAUGUGGUUAAACGUGUCUUAAGGAGAUCUAAUUUUCGGAUAACAUUAAAAUCAAAUGAAUGGAUUGGAUAUUAUGGAAAUCAUUUAAAACCAUUCGGCUUUCGUCCCAUAAGAGAAUAUCAAAAAGUAAAUCAUUUCCCUGGUUCAUUUCAGUUAGGUCGUAAAGAUAAAUUAUGGAUAAAUUUAAAUCAGUUACGCUCUCGUUUUGGUAAAAAGUCAAUCGAUUUUGUACCAAGAACAUUUUGCUUACCAGGAGAUUUAAAAUCAUUGAAGGAGUUUUGGACACAUAAUGAAACUACAAAUAAAAAGUCAUCAAAUGAUGAAGCCUUAUUUCAUUUUCGACCUAGAUGGAUUAUGAAACCACCAGCAUCAGCUCGUGGAAUCGGAGUAAAAUUAGUUCGUGGUUGGUCUGACAUUCCUAAACAACGUCGUGUAAUUGUUCAGUCAUAUAUUAAUCAACCAUAUUUAAUUGAUGGCAGGAAAUUUGAUAUAAGAUUAUAUGUUUUCGUGGCAGGCUUUAGUCCACUUCGAGCAUAUGUAUAUAGAGAAGGUUUGGUGAGAUUUGCUUCACAAAAGUAUUCUACUUCUGUUCAACAAUUAAGAAAUCGUUUCGUACAUUUAACAAAUUAUUCUGUUAAUAAAUAUAAUAAAACGGAAGAAUCAUUUGUAUCUAAUCAUAAAUGGAAAUUGAGCACAUUAUGGUCAUAUCUAACAGAACGUGGAGCUGAUGUUCCCAAUCUGUGGUCACGUAUUGUUGAUAUUGUUUUUAAAACAUUAUCAUCUGUUGCCAAUUGUAUUGCAACGAUGGUUGAUCAGAAUUGUCGACGACGUGCAACAGUUUAUGAAUUAUUUGGUUUCGACAUCAUAUUGGAUGCUGAUCUUAAACCAUGGCUUUUAGAAGUUAAUGUAUCACCGAGUUUACACACUAAUACACAACUUGAUGAUGAAGUAAAAACUGCUGUUGUUAAAGAUAUGUUCAACAUAUGUGGGUUUCAACUGCCUCCUGACUACCAUUCAUCAUUAUCUGUAACAACUAGUCAAUCAAGAUCUCUAAACAAUGUUCACUAUCAGCUCAAUAAAGAUAAGAAUUUAAGCACGACCGGAAGAGUUACUCCAGAGUCAAUGUUACUGCUACAAAAAGGUGAUCAAUUCUAUAUGUCACGCAGAAAUAACAACGAUAUCAAUUACAGUGUAAAAUUAUCUAAUCAAGAUUCAUGCAAUAGAUCCAGUGUUUCUAUUUGCAAUUUAUCUACUCCUCAUAAACCACUUAUGCCAAAAGGAACUUCAUCUAUUAAUGGAUUGCCUCCACCUAGUCCAUUUAUUAAUAAUACACAUACUAAAAGAUCUUUGUCAGCUGUAUCUGUUAAAACAACAUUUUGUAGAACAAAUGAUGUAAAAGGGACUUCUGGUAAACUUCAUUUAAAUAACAAUUCAUUAUUAAAUAAUAAUAAUAGUAAUAAUAGAAUAUUUGUUGAUCCAUGUAUACCGAUAACAGAUCCACGUUUAUGGGAUAUUAGUUUGUCAGCAGAGGAUAAACGAAAACAUCUAUUUUAUUCAUCAUUAAUGACAGAUAAAGAGAAAGAUAAAUCAUCACAAUUUUUUAACAGAUUAAGCAAACAUAACAUGAAGAAAGCAACAACUGCUAGUACCACUACUGAAAAUUUUUCAAAGGAUCCUAUGAAUAUAUUACGUCAUAUUUUAUUAGAACUUUCACCGGAUGAUUUGCGUACAUUAGUCAACUUAAUCGAUGAACGUUAUCGUGCUGCACUUGGUAAUUUUCAAUGUAUUUUUCCAGUUCAUGGAUCUAGAGGUUAUCGAAUGUUAACCUUUCUUCAAGGAGCUUACCAGGAGAACAUAGUUGGUGGUACAUUAGGUUCACGUUCACCAUCUUUUUACUACUAUGAUAUACUUCAAUAUGUGUUUUUGACAGUUCAUCAUAAUUCAGAAGGUAAUGAGGAUUUAUCCUGUGAUUCCUUUGUCCACUGUUUUUACGACAAAACUUUACCAGAUCGAAUAGCACUUAUUUCAAAUGAAUUAAAUACCGAAUCUUUGUCCAUAGCAGGUGAAAUGACAGGCGUUUCUAUAGCUGGCUUAAAAUCCGUAAUCAAUUUAUGUAAAAAAGCUGUACAUUUGAAGAAUUCAGAUUCACCUCUGAAAUCUAGCCAGUUUUUCAAAACACAAUGUGAUACAAAUCCAAAAACAUCAAAUUACAGUUUAAAUAAAAUUGACCUCCGUGAAUAUCAUAAAAUGGAUAAUUCUAUUUCAGCAGGAUAUCCAAAUGGUAGUUCUUUUGAAAAUCAAUGCAUAGAUUUGAAUAAUAUCAAAACUAUUGUUAAGACAGACGAAUGUUCAAAUCAAUCACAAGCAAAUACUCAGUAUAUUGAUGAAAAUAAUGAUGUGUAUUUGAAGCAGCAUUAUAAAUUAGAUAAUGAAAUUGAUUCACACGAUAAAUCUUCACCAUUAUCAUCUGUGGAAAGUAAUACAUUUCAAUCAUCAGUAAAGAGAGAAUCAACUCAACCAAAUAUUAAAUUAAACAAUAAAAAUUUUCUUGGAUCAACGCUAUCAGUAAUAAAUGAUAGUACUGAUUUAAACAAUUGUAGUUAUACCAAAACUUGUCUCACAAACGCUGUUAUGAAUACCAAAUUUGUGAAUGCAUCAAAUAACACAGUGAAAGAAUCAUCGUUACCUUCAGAAAUGUCAUCUGAUAAAAAGCAAACGAAUAUUUCUUCAGUACAAAUUCAAACAUCCAACUGGGAUGAAAAUGCUACCAAAUCGUUUCAUAAUGUUACGUGUACUUCAAAUAGUUACCAAACUUUGUCACAUGAACCUCAUCCAACAAGAAAUAUGAAACCUGUAAAAUAUUCAUCAUCAUUAUCAUCGUCAUCAAUAACAGCAGUAGCACCCACAAAUCCAUCAAAAUUCUAUGGUUAUCAUAUUCUUCAACAUACGAAUUCUGAGAGAAUAUGCAAGUCACCAGAUGAAAUGAAUGACAUAUCGACAAAUUUUUAUAAAGAUAACAGUCAUAUUAAUCAACAGAUAAAAAUGUCAGCAACAUAUUACACUAAUGAUAAGUAUCAUAAUAAAAGUAGCAAUAAGGGCACUAUAAAUAAUGUAAACAAUAAAAGGCAGAAGCAACAACUGAUUUCCGAAUAUCAGAGUAAUAAGUACACUGAUAGCAUAUCGAAUAACCAUCGGCGUUAUCAUCGUAUCAAAUCUACUUCGGCUAUGUGCCCAAUAAGGUCUUAUUCACAAGACAGAAGUUUGUGCCUGAAAAACCCUAACGAUAGAAAAGGAUCUUUUGAAGAUGUUUCAAUGUCUAGUGGUUAUUCAUCAUUUAUACGAGACAAAUUAAAUUCUUCAUUUAGGCAUUUGGUAUUAGAAAUGAAAAAACCACAAAUAUCCAAUUGAUAUGAACAAAUUAAAUUCAUUGAAAUUGAAAACAUUUAAUUUCAUUGUGAAAUAAUGUAAACAUUUUAAUUCACUGUGAUAACUAAUAACUCCCAUUGUUACUAGUACUGAAAACUAGCCAAAUCUACUAUUAGUACAUGUAUAAAUGCAUUUCAUUGAAAUUACUAUUUUUGGUUAUAAUUGUUUGUGUUUAAAUCAG